UUGUAGUAAAAUUUUUGUUUACAUACUAAAAGCAUGAUCAAUUGGUAAAUAAACAUGGUUGAUACAUCAAGCUCAAUUGAGCUAUCUUUUCAAACCCUGGCCGGACUAUAUGUCAUAAACAAAUUAAGCCCAAUAGUUGGCCUAACAUGUGGUAUAAUAUGCAUAUACAUGCUAUUCACGCCAUAUUAUUACGUGAGCAUGAUGUAUUUUGCAUUCAUGUACAGCGACAGACACACACCAAACCGUGGCGGUCGUCCGUGUAAUUGGCUCCGGAAUUCACCAUUCGUCAAAUAUUUUACCGAUUAUUUUCCAAUGAAACUAAUUAAAACCCAGGACUUGGACCCUGGUCAAAAUUAUAUGUUUAUUUGCCACCCGCACGGACUCAUGUCACUAUCAUUUGUGGGCCACUUUGCGCUCCAACGGACCGGUUUUGCCACCAUUUUUGAGGGCCUCAACAGUCGAUUCGCGGCAAUCGAUGCAUUAUUUAGGCUACCUCUGCACCGGGAGGUGGCAAUGUUGCUAGGCUUUAUCUCCGUUAGUAAGCGCAGCAUUGAAUGGUGUUUAAGGGGCAAAGAGGGCACCGGACAAGUGGUGGCAUUUUCAGUGGGAGGUUCACGUGAAGUGCUCGAUGCCAUUCCCAACACUAUGAACUUGUAUCUCAAAAAUCGCAAGGGAUUCGUCAAAAUAGCCCUCACAACGGGCACAUCUCUGGUACCGGUGCUCUCAUUUGGCGAGAAUGAGAUCUUUGAACAGAAAGUGUUUGAACCGAACUCACGGUUCCGUCGAUACCAGGAAUGGCUGUUGAAAACGUUUGGAUUCACUCAACCCGUGCCCACCACUUAUCUGCCUAUCAGACACCCUAUCAAUACGAUCGUGGGAAUGGCUAUACCGGUGACCAAAAUAGCCAACCCGUCGGCCAAACAGAUCAAUGAACUUCACGACCGAUAUAUCGAUAUCCAAGCGAUCAUGGGCAACUUUUUCUAUCAAAGGUCUGGCUUUCUAACCAUGUUCAAAGGGCUGGAGCUUAGAGUUGUUACUCUGGGCGUUCAUUUUUGGAUCCCUUUCCAUAGGGAUAUGAUGCUUAUGGGAGGUCUAAUUAACUCUACUCAACAAAGCAUUGAAUGGUGUUUAAGAGGGUGUAGGGGUCAGGCGGUUGUGAUAGUAGUAGGCGGCGGCCGGGAAUCCCUGGAGGCUAUUCCCAACACAAUGAUCCUGUAUCUCAAAAAUCGCAAGGGCUUUGCCAGGAUAGCGUUGACAACAGGCACAUCUCUGGUACCGGUGCUCUCGUUUGGCGAGAACGAGGUCUACGAGCAGAUAGUGUUCCCACCGAGCAGUCGGUUCCGUCGAUACCAGGAAUGGCUGCUCAAGAAGUUUGCAUUCACUCAACCCGUGACCACAUCUCUGCUCCCCUUCAGACGUCCCAUCACUACAAUUGUGGGAAAGCCUAUACCAGUGGCCAAAGUAGACAACCCGUCGGCCGAACAGAUCAAUGAACUCCACGACCGAUAUAUCGAUAUACUACCCACACACGACCAGUUUAAACAAAUAUCCCACGAGUUUGAGCACAGGUUUGAUUACCCGAUGGCCGUCGGAUGCAUCGAUGCCAUACAUUUUCCAAUACAAACCCCAAAGGAGCAGGCUCAUUAUUUUUGUAACUAUAAGGGCUGGUACUCAGUGGUAGCAUUGGCCGUAUCCGAUGCUAAUAGCAAGGUCUAUUAUGUAAACGCCGGUAUCCCUGGCGACUGUAGCGACAGCGGGGCGUUCAGUCAAACGGACAUAUUUAAACAGUGUGACAAAUUUACCCUGUUCCCCAAAUCAUCAAGGCGUUUCAAUAAUAAUACCCUGGUGAACUAUCACCUGCUGGGCGACAGCGCUUUUCAAUUAAAACCAUGGUUAAUUAAGCCCUACUUGUACGAGUACAAUAUGCCACGCGACCAAGUACAUUUCAAUAAACAUCAUGAUAAAGCUCGAAGUGUAAUACAUACGGCGUUUGAUAGGGUUAAGGCACGCUGGAGGCGACUCAGCACACCCAUGGACUUUAAGCUCGAGCAAAUAAGUGAUGUAAUAAUCGUGGCAUUCGCUAUGAAUAAUCUGUGCGAUGAGAAUAAGUGCCGAAUCGAUCCAAAAUGGAUAAGAGAUUUACAAACGGAUCGCGUUUAUAGUCAGCCAUUGUUUCGCAAUAAUGAUCGAAAUGCCGACCAGUUCUCCAUAGAGGCCAGGGAUGCACUCAAACAAUAUUUUCAUACAUCUCAUUAA